AUGUACACAGUAACGCGUAAUGAACUUAGAUAUUUGAAUUAUAGCAUUCCAGUGCCUUCGUAUUCUCCGCCAUCAGUACCUUUGAAUCAAGCCCGACAACCAUCAGCCACUCGAAAUGGCACUCAUCGCAGCCCGGAGGAUCCAAGUCCUUCGUCUAAUAGCAUUGGAAGCCCCAAUUCUACUGGAUCACCGAUCGACACGACUGGUUCAAUCAGCGAUAGUUUCUAUAUAAACAGCGAUGUGAUUUCAUCAACAAAUGGGUCUCAGCUUCAGAUUGCCGAUGAUAACGGUUACACUGAAUCAGAAGUACAGUCAAAGUAUCAACUGCAUAGGAUUGAAGAGGAAUCGGAAAUAAUAGAGGAACGAGGAAUGCGAACUGUGUUUAGCCAAGGUAGCUUAGACAGAGAGCAGAACUAUAUGAUACCUCGAAGUAUCUCAGAACAGGUAACAACGUUUAUCUUCGCGAAGCUUCUAUCUUCAAAGCAAGUCUCUGAACGUUCCUCAGUUUAAAG